AUGAUUUCAUUCAAGUAUUUCACCAGUCAUUGUCUCCAUAUUCCUGUUAACAAGAUGAUGGAAGUACACAGACAGUGUAACGUACGUUACAUCAGUCAUCUGAGCAGUCUGGUGUUGCUCAUUGGGAUAUGUGCCGGACUAUAUAACCGAUGGCUUCACAGUCAAGACACAAUGUUACUGGUACUCACUGCGUGUGGGUUGUUUUUAUUCGCUCUCUGUGGCAUCUUUUACUACUACUUUGGACUUGAAGGCGUCAGCACGUGCUUCUUCAACCUUUGGUGCGGCUGCCUGCUCGGAAUGAUAACAUAUACUAAAUAUGAGGAAUUCCAGUACGAGAUUUCCGAAACUAUAAUGAAUAUUAUGCUAAUGACUAGCUUAGGAUUGAAAUGUUUCUGGGUGUUAAUUGAGCGGAUUUGCGGACUCAUGACGUACCGGUCGAUUCUACUGACAAAUAUGGAGGCUUUUGAACUGAUUGGAUUUGCGGUUGCCAGUGUGAUAUUACAAGAUGAUAUAGUUGCUGUAUGGCUGCUUGUCUUAUCAUACGCAUUGACUCUUAUUGCUCUGCGUCUACGAGUGUUACUUGCCAUACCAACAUUAGCUGUGGCCUGUACCAUCACAGCAGUGUUUUUAUUCCCAGCGAUACAUAUUCCACCGAAUCCUUUUGCUCUGAGCUGUUUCGCCGGACGUUUAGCAAUUGAUUCCAUUUUAGAUACAUACUUCUGUAGUCUAUCCCUAUUAGAACGUUGGCAAUGCUACCUCUACACCAAUAGAUUUCUCAGCAUUUUAUCAGUUUUCCUCAUCAUUGUGCUUGAGAUUGCGUUCUUCGUCUUUGCGGGUCAAGUAAUGGUCAGUCACGAAGAGUGGUAUUUUUCUAUCCCUUUUUUCAUUCUAUUUGGUCUGCUGUGGCUUUGUUUCCAUUCCGCCCAAAUAUUUACAUGGUGGAGUUUUCUGAGCAAAAUCUAUGAAAGUCUGAACAUCUACAAAUCCAUGACCAAGGAAGCGAAAAGCAUGAGUCGGAUAAUGUCCUCUAAAGGACUUCGGUAUUUCUGUUUGAUUUCACAACGGUUUAUAUGUUUCUCCUUUGUGACAACAUUGAUGCUGACUGCGGUGUCAUGGCAAAAGGACAAUGCUAUUUUUCUGAGCCUCUUUCUGAUUGUUUUACCAAUUGAAUGCAUGCAGUUAGGAUUAUUAUAUGAACUUGGUAAAUCACUUGGCGGUACAUGCAUUGGUUAUGCCUUAGUUGCACCAUCUAACUUCUGUCGACUUGAUGGUGAAACUGUGAUCUUACCUGCCAAUGCAAUCCAGGAACACAGUGUCAGAUCUACAGAGAUACUGAACACUAUGCAGCGUUUCUUUCUUCAUCAUAUGAUUGAUAUCUUCAGUUGUGAUUACUCUACAAGUGGACUUACAUUAGAUACUGUUGAGGCCAAAUUAAAAGGAUUGUUUGAUAAAAUGACUAAAGAUGGACCGCGAUAUGAUACCUAUGUAGUUUUCUAUAGUGGACAUGUACAACCCAAUGGAGACUGGGCAUUAGCAGGGGAUGUAUCUCUAAAGUUUGAAACUUUGGUUGAAUGGUGGAAUGAGGCUUGCGCCGACUCUGGAUCAAGACUCAUCAUCGUCAUGGAUACCAAAUACUCACAGGGUUGGAUCAAACAAGCUCGUAGAGACAGGGAGAGCUAUAUCGCUGUCCAAUCAUUUAUCACUGAAAAGUCAACAGACCCUGAAACGGGUACGUCUAUUAAUAUUGGCGACUUCACCAGUGAAUGGGUGGACUAUAACUGUUCCUCGGAAACUGAUGUUAAUUGGAGUCAGCAAGGCCGGGUAGUUAGAGCCAGUUAUGGCGUUUCCCGACGAUGGAGUGAUUUCAGUUUCCAUUCGCCAACAGAGCAAGAUAUUGAAUCGCAUUGGCAAAACAGUUUUCCCAGCAUUACAAGACCCUUCAUAAAAGUUCUAAGUAUACCAGGAAAUACAAACAUUUUCGGUUGUUGUGACCCGUGUAUUCGGUGUGUUAAAAGGUGUAAAAUGAAAUGGCUUUCACCGCUUGUCAUUGACACAGGUCAUGGGUUCAAAUUGGUGAGGUCAUAGUUCACAGGUUAAAGUAUUGCAUACUUAAGGUAGC